AUGGCUUCCUCGCUCUCCGCGCAGUUGGCGCAGAUUGCGUCCACAUCAACAAAUCCUCUUGACCUUAAGGCGCAACAGGUUGCCCACUCGAAAUCUUUGAUUUUCGACAGCAAGACUGCAAAGUCGCAAGAUUUCCAUACCGUUUACGAAAUAUGUCACGAAGGCUUUCGAGAGCUGUGUCAGUUGGACACUCGAUUCACAGAAUUCGAUCGAACAAUUUUCAGUCCGCACAGCAAGACCGAAGAUCGAUCGGAGAUGACUGCAGCCCAGAACAAAGAUCUUGAUGCCGUUUUGGAAUCAUUCAUGGCUUUGGUUGGCGGGAGGUUACAACUGACUCCAGCGAUCGCAGCGUUGGAUUGGCUCGUGAGACGAUUCCGUGUUCAUGAGUUUAAUACCGGUUUCCUCAUCUUAACCUUUCUUCCAUACCAUUCGCUUCCCAUUUUUCUCAGUCUACUGAACAUUCUACCGGAAAACCUGUCAUCCGCUUUCAAUUACCUCGUUCCUUACAAAAAAAGUCGCAUCAAUCCUCCUCGAGACGCUAUCAUCCGUACCGCUGUCAAGAACAAGGAUUUUUCCAUGGCCCUCAACAACUAUACCAUUCAGGUAUCAAAGCAAAAGGCCCACUACCAUGGUCUGCUCGUUUUCUGGUCCGGAAUCACCAUGCAAGCAUGUUCGGAAAUGCUGGAUUCCGCUCGCUCGGGCCGUCGCGAUGUCGAGAAGAAAAACCAUGAAGAUAUCUUCAUGAGACUUUUGCCCGUUCUUAACAAUGGUUUGGCAAUGAAAAAGGUCUCGGAACUGACAAUUGGCUGCUACAUGAUAAUUGUUGUGUUUGGCACAAAGGCUGCGCUCACAGAAGACGUGAUCAAUACUUUGAUGACUGCAGUCUCAGGGUCUUGGACCCAAGAAACUGUCAAUUCGGCCAUGGUUACUCUGGCGGUUCUGGCCGAGCAAAAGGACGAGUCUUCUCUACCAAAGAAAGUCGUGCACUCAUUUCUGAAGCUCGACAAGCCCGUCGACUUGCUAGCCGACGUCGCUACACAAUAUAAAACCACCGGGCUUCUUUUGGGAUUGAUCGCAGGCUGUCUGGUCGAAAUGCGGAAGAACGCCCUUCAAUCUGGAAUAGAAUUUAUAUCGUCCGUGUUUGAGCGUGGCCUGUUGGAUGAAACUGCAAGCAAAAGUGCUUUGAAAAUGAUUCUGGACACCACAUUGGAUUCUCGGCAAAAAGGCGAUUUAUCUCUGGACCUCCAAACCCAAGUUUCCGAAUUCGUCCAAACUUUGAAUAUUUCCAAUACCUAUCGCCCUCUUUUGCAAGCUGUCACUGCUGAAUCAGACAUGGAUAUCGACAACUUGGAACACAGCUUGCAGCUCACCAUAGAAGCGAAACCCGCACUUCCACCGACAGAAGACGUUGAAAUGGCAGACGCAGAAGAGCAGGAGGUUGACACGUUUACACCCUUGCUUCAAUCAUUAACCAAGGAACCUUUUGCUUCGUCUUCUUUCCUUACCGAACGAACUGAGCCUAUUUUUGAAAGGCUGACACAGGCUUUGACUCUCGCACUGGAUGCCCCAGAAAAAUGGGAACAGGUCUGCAGCCUUCCAGUUCUUGGAAAGGCCCAUCUGGCCAAAAGCCCCCAGUAUAUAUCCUUUUUCGUCCGUUUGUUUUCUGGCCCAUAUUCAGUUCGUCUUCGUGCUGCUGCGUUGAAAACUAUUUCUGCAUCGUUAGAAGCAGCCGACUCUGUAGUCGACAUGCAGGCCCUAGUCCCUUAUAUUAUUGCGGCCCUGGCAGAUCCAUCAAAAGCACUUCGAACAGAAACCGCCAAGCUUGUCGAGACGCUCUUCCAAAUCCAGCGCAAAGCCAAGAAAGAAGACAGUGUCGCCAUAUGGGCUCAAGACACUCUUUAUACGCAAACAAAACAAUCUUCUCCAGCGUGGAUGCCAACUCGCGACUUACAAAAAAUAAUCGACGCUGUUUUGUUGACCGGAUUGGAAGGUUAUGUUCAGGACCACACCUACAUUGUAUCCACGUUGCAAAGGACGCUGAAAGGAUCAAACACUCAGUCGAAUGAAGAGUCUGCUACAGAUUUGAAAAAGUCACUGAGACAGAGUUUCCUGUCGUUCUUGUGUUCUCAUGUGGUCUUCACACCAGUUUACGCGGUCAAGCUUCGACUCUUGAAGAUUGUAAACGGCGUGGACAAGAUCGGCUCAAUGACAAGAACCAAGGAUUUGUCUCCGCUGGUUGAAAAAUGGCGCGCUCUCUCUGAGGCCGAGGUUUCGGAUAUCUGCACUGCAGAGAAUCUUUUCCGUGCAGAGCUGGAGCAGGAGAUCGUCGCCAGUGUCAGUGCCAAGGACAAGGAUGCAGAGAAUGUGCUUUUAUCUAAUGUCGAAAAAUCAACGGAUGGGACUAGGCCAAGCUUUGUAUCUGCAGUGUUCGCACGCAUCGCACAGAUAUGGAACAAAUUCAGCCCGGAAAGACAAGUCUCUACAUCACGCCAUAUCUUCGACCUAUCUUUCAAUGGCAGCGUUAUAAUCCAAGGCGACGCAAGGGACACACUUCGUAACGUGCAGCUCCCUGGCACUAUUCUCACCGAGUUUCUGGAGAAAAUCCCCGAGCUUGUUGCUACCUUGGAAGGCCACAGCCCCUCUCCAAAGAGGCGUCGCACAAAUCAAAACAAUGCUGUUUCAGCAUCUGUGAGCUCGGCAGAAUUGAAUGAAGCGGUAGAAAAGGUGACAUACAUCCUCGAGCUCGUCGACAGCUCAAUUCCUGACGAGCACCCCGAAAUCACUCCCAGCUUGUUCAAAGCAUUGGCCGCUCUUCACCUUCUUAAAUCCCGCAUUGAAUCAGGCUUGGGGUAUCUUCUAAGUCUGGCUCUCGGCAGCCUGCUGGCAAUCGUCAAUAAGAGCAAAUCAUCAUCAAAGCCUUUGUUCGAUACUUCGGCAAUCCGGGCUGACCUGGUUGUUGAUUGCGUUCGUACAACAGAAAGCCCGCAGGUGCAAAAUACAGCUUUGCUGUUGGUUUCCAGUCUUGCUGUAAUUGCCCCUGAGCAGGUUCUGCACAGUGUGAUGCCUAUUUUCACGUUUAUGGGUUCGAGUGUUCUUAAGAAAGACGACGACUACUCGGUUAUGGUAAUUGACCAGACAAUCAACCAAGUUGUCCCUGUUCUUGUUCAAUCGCUACGCAACCAGAAACGCGAUGUGGUCGCCGGCACGUCUGACUUGCUGCUCAGCUUUACUGCCGCUUUCGAGCAUAUUCCGUCCCAUCGCCGACAGCGACUAUUCCAAGCCUUGGUCACGAAGCUUGGCGCUCAAGACUUUUUAUUUGCCGUCCUUGCCAUGCUUGCGAACCGUCAUGGUCUCGACAAGAACGUGUCUAGCUUGGUGACAAGCAUUGUGAACAACCUAGACCCACAAGUCCAACUCAUCAGCUAUCAGAAAUACUUGAACUUGGUCAGCGACUGCUUGAAGCCCAAGCCUGGCAUCUCUAGUGUUCUCCUGGGAAUUGGAAAUGAGGGGGCCGAUGAUAAAUAUGUCGUUACGGAGACUCUACUUCGGUCGCUGGCACACUUUUUCAAGAACCCCGCCCUAGGAUCACAGAUGAAAGCAAUCUUUGAUUCUGACGACGAGGAGAAAACGGCGGUUGUCGGCACUCUGUUCUCGCAAAUUCUUGAACAAGUUUUGGCAUUGGCAGACGCUGUUCGCGACGUCAAACCUGUCAGCAACGCAUGCAGUGAAGUCCUCGCAUCUGUCUUGGGCGUCCUGUCUCUGGUCGACUUCCUCGACACCGUCGAGCAGCUCCUCCAACGGCCUAGUGCAGACGUGCGACGCAAGGUCCUUCGGCUUUUGGAAACCCGUCUCCGCCAAUCUCCCGAGCGAGACGGUGCGUCACAGAACCGGGUCCUGGACUUUAUCGUCUUCCUUGUCGAUAUUAUCAAAUCCUCUGACGAUACUCUGCUCAAACACGCAGCUGUCGCUUGCAUCGACCGCAUUGCCGAGAAGUACGGACGCAAGGACCCUGAAAAGGUGGUGCCAGCCGCCAUGGUCAUCGCUAGUGACGCUUGCAUUGGCCAGAAAGAUAACAAGAUCCGUGUCAUGGGCGUGUUGUGUCUCGCAUCGGUGGCAGAGGUUUUGGGAGAGGCUGUUAUUCCGACCCUCCCUGAAACGCUCAAGAGGUCGCUUAGUCUUUUGGAAGUCAGUAUGGAGAAGGAAACAGUCAACGAGCCUCUUCAUAACGCUGUCUUUUCUUUGCUCUCGGCUUUGCUUGUUCAAGUUCCGUAUAUGAUGUCAAGCAAGAACCUUGAUAAAAUCCUGGAGCUUUCUUUCAAGUCAGCUGAACUCGAGCUGUCCGCAGAAGGCGACGAUGCUCGACGCGAUACCUUGAAGCUGAUAGCCAAGAAAGUCGACGUCAAGGAUUCAUUCAGUGCAGUGGAGAGAAAGUGGGCUGUUGCAACCACUUCAGGAUCCGUCGCUACCAAGGAGGCUCUUGACAUUAUCAGUCUUGCCAUCGACAAACACCCCAAGUCCGAUACUGUCAAGAACGUCGGUAUUCUCACCAAGCUAUUACACAAGGCAUUUGAUCUUCGCAGGGAACAGCCAUCGGCUCCAGAAGACUCGCAGUUUGAAGAACCCGAGCUUGACGCAAUUGAGAGCAUCGUCAAUAGUCUUGCUAUCAAGAUGAUCUACAAAUUGAACGAUACGGUGUUCCGUCCAUUGUUCAUGGACCUUGUCCAAUGGGCGACCAACGGACUGUCCAAGGCCGACACCGAGGGCCGGCUGCUACGAUUGACCUCGUUCUACAAGUUCUUGCAGACAUUCUUCAGCACGCUCAAGUCUAUUGUCACUAGCUACUCUAGCUACAUUCUCGACAAUUCUAUCGAGGUGCUCAAGAUCAGUAAACCCAGUUCAAAGGAGUCCAAAGAUUUGUGGUUGGCGGCAGUGCGAACAUUGAUCUCUGCAUUUGAGCACGACCAAGAUGGCUUCUGGCAAUCCCCGUCACACCUCAGUGGCGUCUCGGAAGCGCUCAUUUCCCAGCUCCCACGAGCCACCAACUCAUCGACAGCUGCCGCGAUUAUUUCCGAGGUUGUCCCCGCCAUUUCCGAACUCGCCGUGGCUGCCGAUUCUCCGGAUAACUACAAGGAGAUGAACACUGCAAUCAUGAAAUACCUUCGCCCCUCGACGUCUGCAGCGGCAGACGGCGGCGACAGCCCGCACACACGUCUUGCGGCGCUGAAAGCCGAGCAGGCGCUGACAGAGCGGUUGGGCGAAGAGUGGCUAGCCCUGCUUCCAGAGAUGCUGCCAUAUAUCAGCGAACUUAUGGAAGACGAGGACGAGACGGUGGAGAAAGAGGCUCGAAAGUGGGUUAAGAGCAUUGAGGAGGUUUUGGGAGAGAAACUUGAUGAUAUGUUGACGUAG